CUGAACUACAAGUAGAGUGGGUUCGAUCUUUCCCAGCCGGCGUUUUGUCCCACAUUUAUAAAAACUAGUUUUCCACCUGCUGCUCGAGCUCGUGCGUGUUAAGACGAUGAUGUCAAGUAGAAGACGAUUUAGCGACGAAAUAAUUCUACGAAGCGGCCGUACAACCCACGCAAAGAUCAUCUCACAAGGCAACUUUGAGAUCAGACUCAGUUCAUCCAUUUUGGCUCACUUUUUCACAUCUCCCGAUAGCUGUACACCUUAGUUUUUAUUUUGAGGUCGACAGCUACAGGCCAAAAACCUACGUUCACAAGCUUUAUCUAUCAGUAUAAACUACUUCAUACAAUUGAUUCGACGAAAGCCCUCACCUCCACUGAUGACAGAAAAAGAUGAAUGUGCGAGUUGUAGUAUGCGUUUUACAGAAUCCUCGCCGUAGAAAUGUAUUUAGCUAUGCCCGUUCGUUUAGUUGAGGCUCUCGCUUCAGUAUUAGGUUAAUUUCCAAGAAAAUAAAAGUAAAUGAGUAUAAUUUAUUUCAAUUUCUUGAGCUGACACGGUAUACCCGGACGACUCCACUACGUAAAGGUAUAGGUUAGAAGAUCAUCAAGAAAGAUGCUAAAGCGACAGCAGGGCACGGCCAGCGCUUCGAAUGCGAAGAGGACGAAAGUUGAUUGGCGGGCGGCGCAACAAGACGCCAAUGACGAGUCCGACGAAGAUCUUGGCGAUGUCGAAGUUCCGCUAAGUAGUGACGACGAAGCAGAACAAGCGAAGGAGGACAAAAAAAACACAGCAGGAACAGCUUCGAAGGAUAGUAAUAGUGCCGGCAAUGUUAAGCCUCAGAAUGGAUCCACCUCUGCUCCAACUAGUACCGGACCAAAAAUAAACCAACAGGCCGGGGGAUCAUCUCCUUCUUCCAAAGUCGUAAAUCUAACUACCGACGGCCCAGCACCACCAGCAGGCUCAGCAUCGAAUCCGAAGGCGGUUGGAUCGAAGGAAUCUGUAAAAGCAGCUGCCAACCCCCAGGAUUUUCUUGUCGAGUCUUUCCUGCGUUUUUCCGUGCAAUUUGGACCGACGAUCAAGCACGACUUCGUGGUGGAGACGAAGGUCUUGUCGCGCGUUCCGAACAAGUUGAGAAUCGUGAACAUCACAAAAAAACUGGUCCAGCUAGAGGAGCUGAAGGACGAGACGCAGAUAGAGAAGGAAAAACAGCGGGCGAAGCUGGCGGGGAUGGAUAAUUUUGCGGGGCUCGGAAUGACGGAAAAGCAGGUGCAGAAAGACCAGUCCAUGUACGUGCCGAAAGCGGAAGAGUUUCCGGCACUGCAGGAGAUCCUAGGUAUUGAAAUUGAAGAUUCCCGUGUUGACGUCACUCUAAGUAGAAUUGAAUUCUAGCAACAGAAUUUCUACUGUCGGUUGUGCAUGUAUGUGCAGCCGUAAUUUUUGAUUUUGUGCAAUAGCACCAACAGCAGAACAAGAAGGUGGCUUUGCUCCGAAAAGACUUCUUGCGUCGAAUUCAUUUUUCUGUGUACAAAAGAUAUGCAAGAAUUUAUAUAUACUUCUACAGGCCACCCCGUCAGCGACGAACCUCCUGCCGCAUCCUACCUCUUGACCGACGGAAAAGACAGCCUUUUCCUCUCCGUCGCCACUCCGAUAACAGAACUCGUGCGCGACCAUGAGGACAACCCUGUAAAGAACUCGAAGAACGACCCAGCAAAACUCUCCGUCCUCGGCCGCAUCCUGGCUCCCUCCACCGACGCGAACCUAACAGAGGAGGAAGACCCGCGCGCGGCGCUGCAGAAUUUGCUGCUUUUGAACACGCCGGAAUGCUGCGCGGAGCCGUUUUCUAUUGAAGUCACGUUGGACGUCGGGCGGAUGCAGGAGAAGUCCGCGAUCGUGUUGCAUAUCGAGGAUCAGAUCGCCAUGGUCUUGUCAGAUUUCGAAGCCCUGCUCGCAGGGGACAAAAUAGCAACGUCUUCUGGUGGUCUUGCCGAUGGUGGCAACAAACUAAAUCAAAAACCAGCAGGGCAAGAGGCUGGACAAAGAGCGCAAGAAAGUGGAACAACGGGGAGAAAGCUCCACCGCAAGCCGCUGUUUAUGCAGGAAAACAAAUUUGCCGGCCAGCGCCCCGGCUUCGUCUUUAAGACGGGGCCAUUAGGGCUGGGCUACUACGAGGAUUUGGUCAGAAAACGGAUCUACCACCCGGAAGAAGAUGACGACGACGACGACGACGAGGUAGUUGAUAGCAAUGAGGAUGACCACGACGGGAUUUGUGGAAGCAGAAAUGGCUUCCACACGCCGAUGGAGCAAGAAGUUCCUGACCAGCAGACAAGCAGUGCAACUUCUGGUCAUCAUGUUAGCGCAAAGGCAAACGGAACUGCAAGUGCAACAACAUCAAGCACAGUAAAUAAUAGUAAUCGCCGCAGUUCUGUGUACUAUUCGCCAAACACAGGAGGCGCGGAUGAAGAGGAAGCUGCGGAUGCUGAAAUGAAAGCAAAAGAGAAGAAAGCCACGGCUCGCUACUUCAACGACCCGUCGCUGAAAGAGGUGAAGCUAGAUUCCAUGGACGCGGUCGAUUUCUUUCUAGCGGCGAGGGAGGUACUUACUUGCAAAAUCAUGUUCUACAACUUGUUUUGUAUGCGACCUGUGUUUUCAAGCAAAACUAGCGAAGGAAGACCUCCGCCAUCUUUUCGUAGAUAAUUUCAGUAGGAAUGAAAUGGUGGGCGGAGCCAGAUGAAGGAUCCCCGAACGUGAUGUCGGGAAGCCAAAUCAUCUUCUAUCGGCAGCUGCCACUUGUCUUUAUUUUUCCUUCUAUGGUAUAGGCUAUCACUAUCUGCAAGAACAACAAAUUUGGGCAUGCCCAUGCAUAGCAACAGCAAUUCUCGCAUGCACUCGAUCGUUCUUCAAAGGCAACAUCAUAGAUCGAAUUCACCUGAAGAUUGUAAAAACGAUUCUCCUGUUCCAGGUCGAAGCGACGCUGUUGAAGCAGCAGGACUACACCCAGAACAGACAUGAUCGGGUUACCACAUUGACGCAGCAGCUAACCCAGUUGAAGGCCGACCUCCGGCAGUUUUUGGAGGCAAAAGAAGGCAACAAGCAGGCGAACGGCACCACGACGGGUGGAGCGACUACGAGUAACGGAACUACAAAGAACACGGACACGGCGAAUCUCCAGAACGGCGGCGGGUCGUCGGCGAAUACUAAGUCAUCGACAACAGGCAACAGACUGCUGAAACUCCAAGACGACGAUGAGGACAAAGAGGACGAGGACCUUGCGUGGGAAGAGAAACCCAAGGAGGAGCGCGAAGCGAUUCUGGGGGCCAUUACCUGGAAUUUAGAACGCAUCCGAUCCAUGGAGCGGAUCUUGUCGAAGCUGAAUUAAGCAGCUGUUUAGUAGGUUGCGGGUUGUUCACUCUUGUGCCAGCGGGGGUUGGUAUGCUGUCCGUCGAGGAAACUCUGGAACAAGAGGAUUGCUUGCAAGCAGGACGAUGGAAGUAGUACUAGAACUAGUAGAAAGAUAGUUACGUCGUCGACGCACCUUGUAUUUGAUGAGCCAAUCUUUAACGCCAGCUAGCACCACGAGUGCUGCCCCAAUCAAGAACAACUUCCGCCUCCGAAGCUGCCUUUUUGAGCAGGCCCUCUCCCCACUUCUGGCGUCGUGAUGAAGCUGCGCCAAUCUACUUGUGUUCAC